UUUUAGUGAAAUUAAGAUCAAAAAUGGAGAGAUCCAUUUCCUUUAAUCCUCGAGGCGAUAACGAGCUCCCGAAUGAUCGCAGCAGUGAUGUUGGAUAUGUUGCUAAUGAUCGGAGGCUUGCUUAUUCUCGUUCGUUUCAGCAAUCUCACGGUCCACGAACGCCGGCGGUCACGGAAGCAGCUAAGCCUUUUCUCGAUAGGACGGUCUCGAGCAUCGAUAUGCCGCCGGAGAUUUACUCCGUUGACGGGAAUGAUGUGUUUUACGGGGAAGGGAAAGACGUAGAAAUAGGAAAAGUAUCUGUUUUGGAUAUGGUUUGGGAGAUUUUUGGAGUACUGAGAAGUGGAAAUCGGCAGAUGAAGAGGUUGUUUCUGCUGAUUGCGCUUAAUGUCUUGUAUUCUACAACAGAGCUCUCUAUUGGGAUCUUCACUGGGCGUGUAGGUUUGGUCUCCGAUGCAUUCCAUUUGACAUUUGGUUGUGGGCUCUUGACAUUUUCUUUAUUUGCAAUGGCAACUUCAAGGAAGAAGCCUGAUCAUGCUUACUCAUACGGGUACAAAAGACUUGAAGUUUUAUCUGCUUUCACUAAUGCUCUGUUCCUUAUGUUCAUGUCAUUCUCCUUAGCUGUGGAAGCUCUUCAUGCAUUUAUACAAGAUGAAUCAGAGCACAAGCAUUAUUUGAUUGUAUCAGCCGUAACAAAUUUACUGGUGAACCUACUAGGUGUUUGGUUCUUCCGGAAUUAUGCUCGUGUCAAUAUUGCCUACAGAAAAGCAGAAGAUAUGAAUUACCACUCUGUUUGCUUGCACGUCAUAGCAGAUUCCAUCCGCAGUGCAGGUCUGAUACUGGCAUCUUGGCUCCUCUCUCUCGGGGUUGAAAAUGCAGAAGUCCUAUGUUUAGGAUUGGUAUCCAUUACCGUGUUUAUGCUUGUUAUGCCACUCUUCAAAGCCACUGGUGGUGUCUUGCUUCAGAUGGCACCCCCUAACAUUCCUUCUUCAGCAUUAAGCAAAUGCUUGCGACAGAUUACUUCUCGAGAAGAUGUCAUGGAGGUUUUACAGGCACGUUUCUGGGAGGUUGUGCCUGGUCACACUGUGGGCUCACUCAGACUCCAGGUGAAGAGCGGAAUAGAUGAAAGGCCAUUACUGCAAUAUGUAUAUGAUGUAUACCAUGAUUUGGGUGUACAAGACUUGACCCUGCAAACUGAUUACACUUGAGCUGCAUCUGCGUCAUCUUUGUUUUUAAAUACUGAUUUGAAGAUUUUGGAUGUAUACUAGAGAUCAUGGUUCUAUAGGAAAAUAUUUUUUGGUUUCAAGUUGUGACUUUGUUCGUGCAAUCUGGUUUUGUUUGUUUUUCCAUUUGUGUGUCUUUUCAACCACACAAGGACCACAACCUUUGUAUUUUUCAAGUUUGUGGAUAUUUUGGCUCAUAAAUGAUAUGCAACUUGAAACAAA